AUGGACAAUGCUCCAUACCAUUCUGUUCUGGCUGAAAAAGUUCCUACAAAAUACUCAGUGAAAAAAGACAUGAUCGAUUUUUUACAAAAGAAAGGAGUCGAGUGCGAUAUGACAAUGAGAAAAGAACAAUUGGUCCCAUUGAUACAAUUGCAUAAGCCCAGAGAAAAAACUUUUCGAAUUGAUAAAUAUAUUUCAAGCUUCAAUCAUACAGUGAUAAGGCUACCUCCAUACAUGUGCGACUUGAAUGCCAUUGAGUAUGCCUGGGCCAGUGUAAAAAAUUAUGUAAGGAGUAAAAACUGUGACGGUAAUUUGUGUUUGAAGAGACUGAUGGAGCUAGCCGAAGAAGCAGUUUCAACACUCACAGGUGCAGAUUGGACCAAGUACUGCGAGAAAGUAGUAGAAAAUGAAAAAAUGUAUUGGCAGAAUGAUGGUAUCAUAUCUGAUGUGAUAGACAAUAUCACCAUUUCCCUUGGGGACAACGAAGAUGAGUCUUCGAGUUCCAGUGAUAAUGAUGAAGAAGAUGAUUCUGGCUCUGAUGACGAAGAAGACUCAGACGAUUACGCUCGACCUCUUCCAGAAUAGUAUAGGAUGUAAAUACAAAAACAGGUUUUCAUCAGAGACAUACCUACAGGCUUGUCUGGCUGGAUGGUUUUUACUGCCACACCUGGGUGGGACGCUCGGCCUGCGUCCAGUUUUCAGCGCCCCCCCCCCCACAGGUGAUGAACAAGGACCCGUCCAGACAUGCUUUAGCUUGGAAGGGCACAUAAACACAAACCCAGGCCAGAAUAAAAAGAAAAAUCAUGAAGCCACAAAAGUGCCUCAAAGGCUAAUGGCAAAAUGGCAGGCAUCCAUGGAUGCUGCCAUGAGACUUAUGAUGCAUCAAUCCGACCUUCUGGAUCUUCCCGACGAUGGCAACUGGUAAAUAAUGGCUUGAUUUUUUAAUUGUUCUUUUUUUAAAUGUGUUAGGUUAUAUUCAUUUAGUUAAUUUGAAUGUUUUUCUAAAAAACCAGCCCAUCCAUCAUCUAACAACUAUUUAUAAUUCUUUUAUCAUAUCUUUCUAUUUUCCUUCAUUUAUUUUAUUCAUACUUUAUCUAUUUAUUCCAUUGACAAUCACAAAUUAUUAUUGCAAUAUAAUUUAUCCAUUCUCAUCAAAAAUCAAAAAUGAAAAAACAAAAUUAUUUAUGUUCAGUUUAUCCUUUUGUAUUGAAACUUCUUUAAAUUUGCCCUACUUUGAUUUUUUUAUUGACUUAAAUAAACGCAGGUUGAGACAUGGAGAGAAGAGUAAAAAAUUGUAAUAUUACAAUUUAUUUUUAAAU